AUGUUUCCUGUGGACACCAUUAAGACGAGGCUUCAGCUCAACGGAGCUCAAUGCUGCACUCCUACCCAGUGGUCGGAGAGGCCCUUGUUCCGGGGACUGUCGUCCUCCCUCCUAGGCCAAGUUCCCAACGGCAUGCUCGUGUACGGCAGUUACGAAGUCUACAAGAGGGAGCUAACAGAAAAGUUUCCGUCUCUUACCGCCACACAGGCACGCUCUCCCAUGCUCGGGGACGUAACGGGAUCAAUCUGGCUGGCGCCGUUCGAGCGCACGAAACAACGCGUACAGGCUGGCUUGUACUCCGGCAUGCGGCAAGGGAUCAGGUCCACGGUGGCAGACAAGGGGAUCUUCGGACUGUAUACGGGAUACAAGGCGCAGGUGCUACGGGACAUGUCCUUUCAUGCCAUCCAGCUGCCCCUCUACGAGGCGAUCAAGGACUUUUGGCUGAGGAAGAUCUCCCGUCCGAGCUCAGGCGAUCAAGGCUCUUGGAAGAAUGCUGCGCGCAAGCUGCAGCCGUGGGAGAGCAUGACGGUGGGGGCGAUCGCUGGCGCGACCUCAGGAGCAUUGACUACACCCAUUGAUGUUCUCAAGACUCGCCUCAUGGCAUCUUCUCCUAUGUCGGCAUCCAUAGGUAACGGCCAUCUGCAUCGAACUGAUGUCCCUUCUCAGUUCUCCUUUCUCUGUCUUCUAUACCUCUCUCCUUUCUCUGUCUGCUAUACCUCUCUUCUCUCUCUGUCUCCUAUACCUCUCUCCUCUCUUGAUUCCUGA